GAUUCACUUGGGUAGGGUGGACGUUACAACUUGGAACUAGUCCGAGCCGUAUCCCCGCUUCGGCCUUGUUUUCGCCUCUCGAGGUCGUCUCCCGCCAUUCGAGGCGGAUCACACGCAGAAAGGUUUCUGUCGAGCUGAGAGCCUGCGGCAAUGAGGUGAACCCUUGCUGCCUCGCUCGCCCUGUGUACAUACCGACCAACUCGGUUUCUUGCUCUCAGCUCUCGUCCAGAACCCUACCCUACCCGACUGUGAUCAUCCACACCCAAGUGAUUCACCCUCGUGGGAACAGCUCCGGAACUCAUCAAUGGCUCUUCGCGCAGCGAAUCUCGGGACAGCUCCCAGCCUGACAGCCGCCAGCCUCAUUUCAGAUGUGCGGGAUUCCCGGAGCUCUCGUCGUCAAGAUCCGCAGUCUGCUCGCUGCAGAUCGUCCUUGUCUCGCAGAUCUGAAUCUCGGCGGCUGUUCGUGAAUGCCGCUAAACCCAGUCGAUCUGAUGUCGUUGCAUCCGCAACAGCUAGGGUUUUCUGCUCUGCCGAAUCGUCGCCGUCAAACUCGAGACGCAGAGUGCCUCCUGUAGCAAACACGGACUCGCCGCAUCACACGCCGCAUCUCACGGGAAUGCCGGCCAGCAAGCCUCUAUCUAAGCGAUCCCCCCCGCUUCACGACUCACUUGCCACGUGUCAAGCGGUCAGCAGCGCGAGGCCGGCUGGCAAAGAGCAGGAGGAGGAGGUGGAGGCGGUGUCGACCAAUGGCCGGCAGCCUAACGGCCAGCUGCUUAACGGCCGGCAGUCUAACGGCGCGUCGGUGGAGCCGGCGAAAGGGACGAGCAACGGCACGGCCAUGGCGAACGGUGCUGCGACGAGCGGAUGGAGCGGCGAGGAGCUGACUGGCUACGAAGGGAAGGCCAUGCAGCAGAGACUCCGCGUGGCGGUCGACGUUGACGAAGUGCUGGGCAGUUUUCUCUCAACGCUGAACCUCUUUUGCGCCGAAAAGUACUCCGUGCGACACGACCUGCACGAGUUCUACGUCUACGACUUCAUGAAGAUCUGGAAGUGCUCCCAGGAGGAAGCGAACCACCGCGUGCACGACUUCUUCAAGUCGGACCACUUCAACGACGGCAUCCCCAUCAUCCCAGGCGCGUUUGACACGCUGCGCCGCCUCUCGCACUUCACCGACCUCGUUGUUGUCACGUCGCGGCAGCAUGUGAUUCGAGAGCCCACACUGGAGUGGCUGGACAACCACUUCCCGGGGGUCUUUUCCUCGGUGCACUUCGGCAACCACUUUGCGCUCGAGGGCACGCCCAGACCCAAGUCCGAGAUGUGCCGGGAACUGGGCGCAGAGGUGCUGAUCGACGACAACCCGCGCUACGCCAUGGAGUGUGCAGAACACGGCAUCAGUGUGCUGCUCUUUGAUUGGCUGCUGCAGUACCCCUGGAGCAAGACCGAGGGCGGCGGGCCCCACCACGAGCUGAUAGAGCGAGUGAGGGACUGGGGGGAGGUGGAGGUGGCAGUGCGACAGCUGGCUGUGGAUAGGGCCAUGCCGUGGAUCAAGGAGGGGAGGUCGAACGUGCGCAGAUGACAUGGGUGGGGAAUGGGGCGUGUGAUCCAGGGUGAUUCAGGGUGCGGGAUUGGGGGGAGGUGGAGGCAGCAGUGCGGCAGCUGGCUGUUGACUGGGCCGUGCCGUGGAUCAAGGAGGGGAGGUCGAAGGUGCUCAGAUGACAUGGGCAGGGCAGAUGGCUGUUGACAGAGCUAAUGCCUGGCACUCGCUCUCCCACAGAUAACAUGUGCUUCAAUUGGGCGCAGAUGGCUGUUGAUAGGGCUGUGCCGUGGAUUGAAGAGGGGAGGUCGAAUUUGGCAGAUGACAUGGGAGAUGCAGGAGCAGCAGAGUUGACUUCAGCGUUGGGCGCUGUGUACGAAACAAGGUUGCUCUCAGGGUCAUUCAUGCUCCUCGAUUUUGACUAAGACAUGGGGCUGCUUGUUGCCUCAGGAGGCUUUAGUAGCUCGACUAUGUGGCACUCCAUAUUGCCAUUUCAACCACAUUUAGCAUACUAAUUUCCAGCUGAUUCCCGUCGUUUUCUGAAGACACUGUUACGGUAUUGUAUGUAGUUGGUUUAUUGAA